AUUCACAAGAAAAUCUAUGAUUAAAAAUAUUUUUUUUCCGAUAAUUGCAGCGGGGAAACCUACAAAAUGCGAAUGAAUUGAGAAUAUCAGAAUGGACUGUAAGACCUUAUGAUUAACUCAAUCGGAUCAAAAUAUCUGCUUCAAAAUUGAGUUGCAAGAUCCCACCUGAAACAUUUCAACAUUGCAAGUUAAAUAAAAACCUAAUCUAUACUAUUAUUACAAAGAGGAAUCGUACCUCUGAACCACCAUGUGGCCAUACAUUUUUGCUCUGGUUCUCAUAUGCUCUGCGUACGCUGAAAUUAAUGUGGAGAAGCGGUCUGAAAUGUCGCCUGUCCCCUUCGUGCUGUCGACGAGGUACGGCAGGUCACCACCAAGGGUCAUGAUGCCAAGGAACGACAGAUUCUUCUUCGGCAGCCGCUAUGGUAAGCGCUCUGAGGUGUCCAUGGGUACCUCCCUCCCCCCUCCGGGAGCCCCCACCCUGAUGUGUGAAUACACUGGCGUCUACUCUCUAUAUAGAUGUAAACUGCCUAACAGAAACACUUAUACUGACAGAACGAGUGAAGAAAGUCCAGGAAGCCAGGAAUAGAAGUCAAGACGGAGCACCACCUCGGACUGAUCCAUUUCUAGUCAUAUGUACCUAAUCUAUUAUAAUAAGUAUUAUAAUUAAUUAACAGUAAUUUUUCAAAGAUUUUUGUGUGUGAUUAUACUUUAUUAUCUAGACUAUCUUGUACCUACAAAGUCUUUAUUUAAAUCUGUAAAAAUCAUUAUUCUUUUAUUUACAUUUGGAUUUGUGCUAAUUAAAAAAAAAGUGCAGCAACUAGGGGAUAAAAUUUUAUCCCGAAAAAAAAAAUUGUAUAAAAAAGACAAGUUUUUCAAUUUAUUGAUAUCUAGAAGGUGGCUAAGUGUAAUAAGAAUAAGGCAAGAUUGUAAUUUAAUAAUAUAACUAGCUAUUGAACCUGUUACACAAAUUGUUUAACCACGAAUUAAUGAACAAAACACCAUCAAAAAACGCGAAAAUACAGCUCUACUUAUACGUCCCUGGAAUGUCUUUCGUUUCGAGUGUGUUAUUGCUAACACUGGUGUCGGAUUUUACUCAAGUCGCCUAAAGGCAUCUGACAUGACUUUUACCGCUAUCUAGCGACAAAUAGUCGCAUGCACACUAGUCCUGAGAUACAUAUACAUGUGAGAUACAUAUUUACAUGUGGGAAUAUUACUGGAUAUUACUUCCGGCUUUGUGAAUCGUAGAAAAAUCUUGUGGUCGUGCAGUAAACCGUUGGGGGUUUCUCUCGUCGGUAGCCGUUCCUGGGUUCCGUACUUCAGUUUUUUUCUUACACAAACAAUCUUACCAUAGCUUUUUAUCAUUUUACAGCAAAAUAAAUCACAAUAGACUUUUUGAUAAAUCAUAAGAAAUGUUGCGAAUAACAUGAAACGAAGAAAAGGUUCAGUAGUUAUUUUCCCACGUGGAAUUAAAUGGCUGGAAGUUCGACGUGGGACAAUGUCGUGUACACAAACUUACACGCAAUCCCACCGCUGGGCAAAACUCCACACUCCUAUAAUUUUUUUUAUAUGUGAAACAAAUAAUAUAUUAUUUUACAGGUGGGCUGGGUACCUGAAUUUUUUAUCGUUUCAAAUAUGUUUUUUAUUUUAUUAUAAAUAUCUUUUUUACUUGUGUUUAACUUAACUAUUCAUAAGAGUUAAGUAGAAACUAAUGAAGCAUCUAAAACUGAAUUGAUAACUUAAUUUGUUCUGUGAAUAAUGUUGUGCGUGUGUAUGUAAGUGUUACACGACGUAACUUUGUGUAAAUUGUACGAGACAGGUUUUUAAAAUGUUACAUCUUUGUUGAUAAUUUUGAUGUAGAAUAUAAGGUUAUAUUAAUAAAUGGAACUAACUU